GGAAUUUUAAACAGGUGGUGUUCGAAGCUUUUAGAAUUGUAUUGACCUGUAGUUGGUUUUAUGUAGCUUAUAUCGUGUAGUCGGUCGUCGAAGCAUUGUAAUUGUAUCACAAAUUUUUUGGUCAUCAAUAUUUUUAUAUUUCUUCCGAAAUGCAGAGCAUCUUAUGGUUCCUACGUAUGUGACAAACAUUAUGAAGGUUGUAUUGUUGCAUACAUACAUUGCAAACACUGUCUAUAAGAACCAAUAGAGGAGACUGUUUAAUUUAUACAUCGUUUCAUCUAGUUUAUAAUUAACGAUUGCUAUAGUAUAGUACAUAUGAGUAUUUAUAUAUAUAGCCCUUACUCUAAAGAAAGUGUUUAUGUUGAUAUCUGUAGUGGCUGUGUACUCUUGGUGAUGUUGGAGUAUUUUUAGAGGGAGAACUGACUCACCACCGUCGAUUUUACCGGGGCAUUUUGAGGACUCUUCUAAGUAAAUCUGCAUUUUGUCUUGUUUUUAUAGCAACAUCACUGUUAUGAAUCGUUUUCCAUGUUCAAAUUCUUCAGUCAGUUUGCGUUAUCAGAUUGUCCUAAAGAAUUAUUUCAUCGGCACCACACUUGUGGGUGUGUAUCAUGUUGUCCGUUUUCCAUGUAUUCAAUGUUUCGUGGUACAAAUUAAAUCAACAACUCAUUAAUUCGCUGUAGUCAUCAGGGAAGUUUAUGUGACUACUGUAGCGAUAAAAAGUAUUUCCUGAGAUAAGACAACAUCCUCUUAAAUUUAAAGUCUGUGGGAGCGUUGACUUGUAAUUAUAUGCCGUGAAAAUUAUUCGUAAACCUUACAUGAUUCUCAGAAUUUUGUCACUUGCUGACUUUAGAGGUAGAAAUCACUGCUGCGGUUGCUUUCCACACUUGGCUUACUCUCUGUUAGUGAGGCAAAUCACUUUUAUAGACGGUCGCUAAAGCUUUUAAGUCAACAUGCGAUCCAAAUACUCGUUUCUUUUAUUGACAAUGGGAACUCAAAUUUUCGUAUACCAAAACGGGGAUUUAUUCCAUCCUGAGAAAAUGCUAUUCUUUUUACUGUAUGUUAAUUAGUAAAUGUUUUAAAAAAUCUCAUUCGACUAAGUGUGAGAUUAUCUAAAUCUGUCUAAACAUCUUCGUUCCGUCUCCAUGCUUUGAGGAUGACGUUUUAAUUCUCUUAUUAUCUAACCUCUGUUGUUUUGAUAUCACUGAAGGUUUAAAUGUCAGAUCCGAAGUCUUAAGAUCUUGUGUUAAAUUGAACCUUUCUAUAUAUGCACUACAGGAUUGGUAAAAAAUUAUUUCCAAGUCUUCCCUUGUGUUAAACAUUUUGUAGUAUAGGCUUUUGACUGUUACCUAUAUGAUGUUUAUCUCUUCAUAAAACACCAAGUACUUUGCUCAGUUCACAAUUUUAUGCUGUGGCAGUGCAAUUCGUAGCAACCUAUUGCCAAAAAAUCGGGAGGUAAGACCAUUGAGUUGGGCUUUCCUACUCGCUUUUAAACAACAGUAUGUGUGACUGCUCUUUGUGUUCACUGUAACUGAAGCCACUAUUUUAAUGAAUACAACUGUAGAAAUAUUGCGUAUACAUAUUUUCUUGAAAGUCAUUUCUAGUGAAAUAUGUAUCAUGUUUUCACACAAACCUGCCAUUGUAUAUUCAUUAUAUUAAAGGUCUCUUAGUGUUCAUGUAGUAAUAGUAGGAUUAAAAUCUUUUAACUAUUUACAACCAAAUAAAAUCAUAAACUUACAUACUAGAUUAUGAGCCGCCUUGUUGAGGUUUUAUAAUAGUCAAGUUUAUUCAAGCUAGUAUUUUAAUUAUUUUUCAUCGCCUUUACCAAGUAAAUAUUUCUGUACUUGACUUUGAACCACAUUUUAGGUGUGAGGGGUAGUAAUGUAACCUGGCCACCUAAACCACAGUAAAUAUAGUGAUGGAAUAACUCAGUUAUUUAGUCAAAAAAAUUGAGAAUAUUUAGAAAAAGCCAGUAAUUUCUAGGUAAAACGUACGCAUUCAAACCCCAUUGACGGAUUAUGAAAUAUUUAACUAAGAGACAAUUAAUAAGUCAAAUGGUGAUAUUUUUGGGAGGAUUAGAUUUUCAUGGUUGAUUUAUAGAAAGUAUUACUGUAACAUUUAGUACUAAAUGUGAAUGAAUUUUAAAAAGUAUGAUUUAUGUUCAACCCUUAAAUUUUAUAUCACUAUAUUAUCGUGUAAAAAAUGCAAUGUGUUGGCUAUCAUAAACGGUUAAAUUUUAUUUAUUUAAACAAUUACCUAGCAUUUGAAAUAAAAUAUUCUUUCUAACAGAUUGUAAAAAUGUUACGACUGGCACUAUUGCAAAUGUUCGUGGGUGCAGAUAAAACUGCCAAUAUAAAACGUGCUUCUGAAUUAAUUAGUCGAGCUGUAUCUGAGCAUUCACCUCACCUUGUAUGCCUUCCAGAAUGCUUUACCUCCCCUAUCGGUGCAAAAUAUUUUGGACCCUAUGCAGAAACUGUUCCCAACGGUCCAUCAUGCCAAAUGCUAUCAGAUGCUGCUAAAUCUCAUAAAAUAUGGCUUGUCGGUGGUUCUAUCCCUGAACGUGGACCUGAUGGCAAGUUAUAUAACUGUUGUGCAACAUAUAAUCCAGAUGGUGAACUAGUUGGCUUAUAUCGUAAAUUACACUUAUUCGAUAUUGAUAUACCAGGCCAGUUUACAUUUAAAGAAUCAGCUUCACUUAGUUCUGGUAAAGAGACAUUCUCUUUUGAGAUACCUUUAAAAAAUGCCGAGAAUAAAAUUUCAGUGAUACGAGUUGGAAUUGGUAUAUGUUAUGAUAUUCGUUUUCCGGAAUUGUCACUUCUUUAUGCUAAUCAAUUAGGAUGUCAAUUACUUUUAUUCCCCGCUGCAUUCAAUCCUAAAACUGGAUCUUUACAUUGGGAAUUAUUGGGUAGAGCACGUGCUUUAGACACACAAUGUUAUGUUGGAAUGUGUAGUCCAGCUUGUAAUCUAGAAUUAGACUAUAUAAGUCAUGCUGAAUCAUUGAUCACUUCACCAUGGGGUAUAGUUAUAGCUAAAGGUGGUAAAGAGGAGGAAAUCAUAACAGCUGAUUUAGACUUUUCUGAAUUGAAAUGUGUUCGUGAAAGUAUUCCAAUUGGUCGACAACGGCGUUUAGAUAUUUAUACUACACCGAAAUUAUUUAAAAAACAAUCAUAAACAUAUUUAUCUCUUAUCUAUCGAUUAUAUUCUUUGUGAUAUAUUAUUUGACUGUUGAUCAUUAUACACUUUCUAAACUUGAUUAAAUUCUG